UUAGUAACAGAACUAAAAUAAUUAUGUUAUGACAUUAUCCAGCUCACAAUGUCCAGUUGAUAUGGAACAUGCUCUUCAUUAGACAAGGUUUAUUGAAAUGCAUGUUUUGCUCCUGCUGUGGGCACAGUGAACACUCUGUUGUCUUCCAUGGAGCCAAAAGAUACUUCAUGAUUCUGGCUAACCCAUAGUGGACCUGUCAGCAUUCAUUAUUUUAUUCUCAUUAUGUUUUUUACUUACCUUUUUGAGAUCAUGAGUGCUGUAUAUUUUCUAUGUAAAAUCAUCUUUUAUUUUUUCCAAUUCUGCAUCUUUUCAACUUUAAAGAAUGAUCCUAAGGAUUCAGAAAGGGUUCCUAGAUUUCUGAGUUAGUUCCUUCAUCCCAGUGGUAAUUUUAGUUAACUCUCUGUGAACCUCUCGAGUUGUUUGGUAUCUUCCUUGACCAGAAAUGGGUGGAAUUAUAUGGCAUUGGGGUGGUACUGACAUUUGAAUGUGCUGUUUUGUUUGUUUCUUUUUCUUUCUUUUUUUUUUUUUUUUCACUUACGCUAGAAAGUUUGUUGGCCUUUUAAACUAUUAUACCAAAAGUUUGAGAAAACUACAAUUUUGGGAAGUCCCUUACUGAAGCAUUAUUGUUAACUUCUUAAAAGGCAGGUAUCUGGGUUAUAUUUCCACAGAAUGAAUUGUCUUAUAUUUAGCUGAUAGAUGUAUUUCCACCAUUUUUCUGUUGUGAUGCUUUGGGCAUGCCAAUUCACUGCUCAGUGCAGUUCAGUGGCAUUGCUAGCAGUACCUCCACUAGGUGAGCUCCACUGUGGACCACGUGGGUCAUAGCUAGCUCUAAGCAUACAUUAGGAGAGUUUGAUAGUAUUAAAUAUGUAAAAACACUUGACAUAGGACCUAGAACAAAGUAGGCAUAAAAUAGAUGGCAAUUGUUUUUUAACUAUUGUCCCUUUAUGUGUAUGUUUAUAUAUAAGCUUUUCCAAAAUGGGCCUUCUGAAUGUCCUGAAAGGAUACAUGUAAUAGAUUCUUUAAUUUUAUCUUUGAUUUAGCAUGCCUGCCAUCUUCCUGAUGUCAUUGCUUUUUGGUCUUGCAUGUGGGCAAGCACUAUCUUUUUGUAUUCCAACUGAAUAUACAAUGCACAUCGAUAGAAGAGAGUGUGCUUACUGUCUAACCAUCAACACCACCAUCUGUGCUGGAUAUUGUAUAACACGGGACGGCAACAGCAAGCUCACUGUUCCCAAAAACGCUCUCUCCCAGAAUGUUUGUACCUAUAGAGACUUCAUCUACAGAACCGUGGAGAUACCAGGAUGUCCGCGCCAUGUUGCCCCUUAUUUCUCCUACCCAGUUGCUGUCAGCUGCAAGUGUGGCAAAUGUAACACUGACUAUAGUGAUUGUAUCCAUGAGGCCACCAAGACAAACUACUGCACCAAACCUCAGAAGUCCUAUCUGGUGGGAUUUUCUGUCUAAUUUUAAUAAUUAGAUAAUCUGCAAUUUAGUUAAGUGUGUUUAUCUGGAAUAAAAUAAUAAAAUAUGACUAUGUUUCACAAUACCUUGUAUGCAUUUUAAGUACUGUUUCAACCAUAUGCACACCCACACAUGUAUCAGAGAGUUUAAAAGACUUUAAAAGAAAAGGUGAAAGAUCCUUUGGGGUUUUCAUAUGAGAAAGCAAAGUGGGGCUAAGAUGGGCAGCAGAGACAUGAAGCGCUAUGAAAGUCAGCUGUGAGGAGCUCUUUUAACAGAAUUAUGAAAAGCAGUGUGAUCAGAGGCUGAAGGAACAUGCAGCAUUUGGGUGCUAGAGACAUCAUCCAAAGGCUGGAAGCAGGGCUGGAGUGGAGGUGGGGAGUCAGGAACAUGUGAAACCUGCCCUGUUGACUACUUUAUCUUAAUAAUUCAACCAUACUGGCUAAAACUCCAAAACUCAGCAAAGACUCUGAACUGUUCUCUUUAAUUUAAUUACUCCAGUGGGCCAACUGCCCUGUGAAAGUUAUAUCCCAAAAGGUCAAUUUACAAAGCCCAGAAAAGAGGACACGAUCAUUUUACACGUGAAGUCUAAAUCCUUCAUAGUCCAUCAGUAAUAGGAGAUACUUGCCAGCAUUGAUACCAGCAGCAGCUUGUCCUGUUUCAGCUUUUGUAUCAUGAAAAACUAGUGCAAUUAUGAAAGGUUUUAGGAAUGGGGGAGAGUGCUAAGAGAUUUGAUGGAGUAGAAGAAUCCUCACUUCCAAUCUAAAUCUGAAUUAGUAGGUUCAAAAUGUUUUCUGGUGAAGAUGCUUGGCAAGAAAAUGUUGCAUUUUCUUCUCCUUCUUUAGAUAUUCAUUCUUGAGAGUUUGGCUGCAACAGAUGCUGGAAGUGAGACAUUUGUAAUGCCACACAGACUUGACCUGAAAGGUCAUAAUAAUCCUUAGAAGAGGUUUAUUUAUCCUCUAUUUGGUCUUUACUGUCUAGCAACACUGCCAUCAUUAAGGUGAAAAUCAAUUAUCAGCAAGAUUUUUGGCUUUGCUGUAUCUCACAACCACUGGUUAAGUUCAGCUGGGCAUCUUGUAAAUGCAUGUCAAUGCUUGUGAGAGAGAGGUAGUACAGAUAAAUUAGUAUCAAAGCACCAAACCAUGUUUUGCCAAUAUUGGGAAACAGUUGUGCAUUUACAUGCAAAAGUGUCAGGAAUGUACAGUACUUAUUUUUACCUCAGUAUCUGAAUAGAUACUUGCCUGAUUUCCAAAUAUUAAUCUUGGACUUUAGGUUUUCAUAUCAAUUGACAAUAUGAACACAUAAAGCUGCCCACCCCUUAAAACUGUUCAUCAAAUGUAUACCUUUGAUAAGUUAAAGAUCUAAUUUUACAACAUAUC